AUGUUGCGGCAAGACUUUAACCGAAUCGACCCCAAGAGGCGAAAUGUCGUCGACCAUCGCAAGAAGCAAUUCGCUGCCCCUACAUACAAAGAUCUCGACUAUCCUCAUCGUCUCAACUUUUACACAGAUCCUCCCACAGCGGAUAUCACCCUCGAGCAAUUUGAACAAUGGGCCAUCGACCGACUACGAGUUCUCGCUGAACUCGAAGCAUGCUCGUUCCGCAACAAGACUCCUGCCGAGACUGCAACACACAUGAAGCCCAUCCUCAAGAAGCACCUUCACCUCGAGGCCAACAGCUCAGGCUCCAAGAAGAUAUUCGAGCAACGCCAAAAAGACCACUACAGCCAUUUUAUCCUCCGACUUGCGUUCUCGUCUACUGAAGACCUGCGCCGUCGAUUCACCCGUGUCGAGACGAUGCUUUUCCGCCUGCGACUCAAUGAUGACGAUCUCGCCGAGCGAUCUGCCUUUGUCAAGACUCUUGGCCUAGACUGGUGCGAAGACGUAACAGAUGAGGAUAGGAGGAAGUAUGCUGCGGAGCUGGCCGCCUUUGCUAGCAACCGAAAGGGCGAGAAUGAUGAUGAUACAUGGUUCAAGGUAGACUGGGAACGAGUUCCCGAGCUCAUUGAGAGCCGAAGAGUGUUCUUGAAGGCUGGAAAGGCGUUUGUGCCAGGCCGAGAACAGGCUGGCAUGGUAGUCUCGGAGUUCAGCUCGCGACUGGAGCGACAACUUGAGUUGACUGCCCGUGCUCUUCCUCGACUUGACGAGGAUGACCGACUCACACCCAUCCUCAACCAUCUUUCCAAGAACUUCAUCACCCCCGACGCAUCUUACAUGUCCAGCACAGCCGCUGUGCCCGGUGCCGAGAUCAGCGCUGCCAACAUCGACAACUUGUCUCAACACUUCCCAGCCUGCAUGUCCCACUUGCACCGCUCACUACGUCGAGAUGCUCAUCUCAAGCACUAUGGUCGACUGCAGUACUCGCUCUUUCUCAAGGGUAUUGGGCUCAACUUGGAGGAGUGUCUUGUAUUCUGGAGAAAGAGCUUCCACAAGAUCACAGAUGACAAGUUCAACAAGGAGUACCGAUAUAACAUUCGUCACGUUUAUGGUGAUGUAGGUGGUGAUUCCAACCGAAGAGGAGGUGGUUAUAGUCCAUUCAGUUGUCAGAAGAUCCUUACCGAGCAUCCUCCUGGUCCUGGUGAGGCCCACGGAUGCCCAUACCGACACUUCAACAUGGAGAACCUCUCAGCACUUGUCCAGGCUAUGGGUGUUAAUGAUCGCUCUGUUCUCCAGGGCGUUAAAGAGGAUAAAGACAAGCAAAAGUUCCAUAUGGCAUGUAAUCGUGUAUUUGAGCAUCUGCACAAGCAAGAGAUCAAGAGGGCCAAGGAUGAGGGCGUCAUGACACAACAACAGCUCGAGACCAUUGUUCACCCCAACGAGUACUUCAAGCGCAGUUUCCUGCUGAAGAAUCUCGGGAGGGAGACGGAUGUAAGAAUGGAGGGUUGA